ACGAACGACCCUAGCCUGCUCCUCUUGCAAUGGAGACGGUUAUUUCUCCAGAGAGCUCCCCAGCUCUGGAAAAUAAGCAUCCUCAAGAGACCCCCGAAUCCAAAAGUGUGUAUACUUCCUUCAUGAAGUCUCAUCGCUGCUAUGACCUCAUUCCCACAAGCUCCAAAUUGGUUGUAUUUGAUACUUCCCUGCAGGUGAAGAAAGCUUUCUUUGCUUUGGUGACUAAUGGUGUACGAGCUGCCCCUUUGUGGGAUAGUAAGAAGCAAAGUUUUGUGGGCAUGCUGACCAUCACUGAUUUCAUCAAUAUCCUGCAUCGCUACUAUAAAUCAGCUUUGGUACAGAUCUAUGAGCUAGAAGAACACAAGAUAGAGACUUGGAGAGAGGUAUACCUACAGGAUUCCUUUAAACCGCUUGUCUGCAUUUCUCCUAAUGCCAGCUUGUUUGAUGCUGUAUCUUCAUUAAUUCGAAACAAGAUCCAUAGGCUACCAGUGAUUGACCCAGAAUCAGGCAACACCUUGUACAUCUUCACCAAUAAGCUCAUCCUGAAGUUCCUCAAAUUGUUUAUCACAGAGUUCCCUAAAUCAGAGUUCAUGUCUAAGUCUCUGGAAGAGCUACUUAUUGGCACCAAUAUUGCUAUGGUUCAUACUACCACCCCUGUCUACAUGGCCCUGGGCAUCUUUGUUCAACACCGAGUCUCGGCCCUGCCAGUGGUGGAUGAGAAAGGGCGUGUGGUGGACAUCUACUCCAAGUUUGAUGUUAUCAAUCUGGCAGCAGAAAAGACCUAUAAUAACCUAGAUGUGUCUGUGACUAAAGCCCUGCAACAUCGAUCACAUUACUUUGAGGGUGUUCUCAAGUGCUAUCUGCAUGAGACUCUGGAGACUAUCAUCAACAGGCUAGUGGAAGCAGAGGUUCACCGACUUAUCAUGGUGGAUGAGAAUGAUCUGGUCAAGGGAAUUGUAUCACUGUCUGAUAUCCUGCAGGACCUGGUACUCACAGGUGGAGAGAAGAAGCUCUGAGCUGGGGGAAGGGGUCAGGUAGCACCAGGGGAUGUGCCCAACUCACUGCUGUAAGCUCUGGGAAUCAGGUGAAACUUGUGAGGACUAUGACUCUGUUCCCUGCUCAGGAGCCCCCUACCCUUCUAUCCGGGAGUUGUGUGAGGCAUAGCCGGGGAAGGAGAAUGAAUUUUAAGCUGCCCUUACCCUGUCAUAUAAACUAGAAGAAAGCUU